GGCGGCGGGCGGCGGUGCCCGCUCCGGGCCGGGCCAAACGGCGGCGGCGGCGGCGGCGAUGCCGGGCCGGGCGGAGCCGUCGGGGGGACGCGCGGCGGCGGCGGGGCCGGUAGCGGUGCCCGUACCGGUAGCACCCGGAGCGGCGGGGCGACCGGGAGGAGCGGGGCUGCGAGCCAAAGGUUUCGCCAUCACCGACCUGCUGGGGCUGGAGGCUGAGCUGCAGCCGCCCCCCGGUCCGCCCCCCGCCUCCGCCGCCGCCGCCGCCGGUGGUUACGAGGGCGGCGGGACUCUGGGCUUGGGGUUGGGGCUGCUCUGCGGUUUGGGGGGACCGGGGACCCCCUGUCUGCUUCCAGCCCCGUUACCGCUGCUGCCAGCCCGUGGCCCCCGCCCGCCUCCCGGGCCGCCCCCCGCCGCCCGCCGCCACAAGGAGAAUAUCUCCGACGAGGACAGCCUCUCCGGGGACGCCAGCGACCUGAAGAUGCCCACGUCCCAGAUCAAGAGGAAGAAACGCCGGCACAGGACGGUGUUCACAGCUCACCAGCUGGAAGAGCUGGAGAAGGCUUUCAACGAAGCUCACUACCCCGACGUCUAUGCCCGGGAGAUGCUGGCCGUGAAGACGGAGUUGCCGGAGGACAGGAUACAGGUUUGGUUUCAGAACCGAAGAGCCAAGUGGCGGAAGCGGGAGAAGUGCUGGGGCCGGAGCAGCGUGAUGGCCGAGUACGGCCUCUACGGGGCCAUGGUGAGGCACUCCAUCCCUCUGCCCGAGUCCAUCAUCAACUCCGCCAAGAGCGGGCUGGUGGGAUCCUGCGCCCCAUGGCUGCUGGGCAUGCACAAAAAGUCCAUGGAGGUGAGCAGGAAGGCGGAGAGCCAAGAGAAGCUGGCAGAUGGCUGGCGAGCGGAGCAGGAGGAGGAGGAACUCAAAGGGAAGCAGGCCAGUUCCCAGAGGGGCUCCGACAAGCUUGGCCCUGCAAAAGAUUCGGAGGACACAGCCAUCGACCUCUCCAGGACAGCCAAGCACGAGAAGAGGGGCGUACUGAGGCAGUGCAUCAACGGGGACCCCCCCCCGGAGCAGAAGGACAGGGACCGCUGAGCUCAGGCUGCCCCGGAGGAGGCCAGACCUCACAGCAUCCUGGCGAGAUAAUAAUAUUUAUUGAUUUAUUGAUAUAUAUAUAUAUUUUUCUUAAACAAUUGAACUUUUAUCUGAAUUCAGGGCA